AGCAACAGUCUAGUUUUGACGGGGCGGGUGGUUGGUUGGUUGGUUGGUUGGACGGGGGUUCGACACAGCAGCUCGGACACAGUCACUGAGCGCCGGGCGCGCCGAUCCACCGCACCUUUGCGCUCCUCCGGGCGAGUCGCGCAGCCCGCAGCGGAGACACAGCCUGAGCCGCGCGCCGCCGCCGGGCUCCCAGUUUCAUCCGGCGGACUUUCAUCGCGGGGCUCCGGGAGCAGCUCUCCGUCCGCCUAGUCUCUCACAUCCAGCGAUUCCCGUGUUCGCAAACCUGACUAGGUGAACGAGCGACCUGAAGAAGAAGAUCCAAGAUGCUGGAUCCGUCGUCCAGCGAGGAGGAAGCGGACGAGAUCGUGGAGGAGGAGAGCAAAGAGGUGAUGCCCCCCCAGGCCGGAUCGCGUCUCUCCCCGAGCCGGACCAGCGAGAGCUCCGGGGGGCUGGCUCCCGGCAGCAGCAGGGCCAGCAGCGGCCGCCCGUCGAGCCCGAGCCCGUCCGUAGCCAGCGAGAAGGAGAAGGACGAGGCGGAGAGGAUGCACCGGGAGGAAGAGGAGCGCAAGAAGAGGCUGCAGCUCUACGUCUUUGUCAUGAGGUGCAUCGCGUACCCGUUCAACGCAAAGCAGCCGACGGACAUGGCAAGGAGACAGCAGAAGAUUAGCAAGCAGCAGCUGCAGACGGUGAAGGAUCGCUUCCAGGCCUUCCUCAACGGAGAGACCCAGAUUGUGGCCGACGAGGCCUUUAUCAACGCUGUCCAGAGCUACUACGAGGUCUUUCUGAAGAGCGACCGGGUGUGCAGGAUGGUGCAAAGUGGAGGCUGCUCUGCCAAUGACUCCCGGGAGGUCUUCAAGAAGCAUAUUGAGAAGCGUGUGCGCAGCCUGCCGGAGAUCGAUGGCCUGAGCAAGGAGACGGUGCUAAGCUCCUGGAUAGCCAAGUUUGACACCAUCUACCGCGGAGAAGAGGACCCGCGUAAGCAGCAGCAGCGCAUGACGGCAAGCGCGGCUUCCGAGCUCAUCCUCAGCAAGGACCAGCUAUAUGAGAUGUUCCAGCAGAUCUUGGGCAUCAAGAAGUUUGAGCACCAGCUGCUCUACAAUGCCUGUCAGCUGGACAACCCCGACGAACAGGCUGCCCAGAUCAGACGGGAGUUGGACGGCAGGCUUCAGAUGGCUGACCAGAUAGCGAGAGCAGGCAGAUUUCCUAAGUUUGUCUCCAAAGAGAUGGAGGGCAUGUACAUCGAGGAGCUCAAGUCUUCAGUCAACUUGCUGAUGGCCAACCUGGAGAGCAUGCCGGUGUCCAAGGGAGGGGAGUUCAAACUACAGAAGCUGAAGAGGGGUCACAACACCUCCAUCAUGGACAUGGGCCAGGAGGAUGAGAACCAGCUGUCCAAGUCUGACGUGGUGCUCUCUUUCAACCUGGAGGUUGUCAUCAUGGAGGUGCAAGGGUUGAAAUCUCUAGCUCCCAACCGCAUUGUUUACUGCACAAUGGAAGUGGAGGGAGGGCAGAAGCUUCAGACCGACCAGGCCGAAGCGUCGAAACCAACCUGGGGCACUCAGGGGGACUUCACCACCACACACCCUCUGCCAGCUGUCAAAGUGAAGCUAUUCACGGAGAGUACAGGUGUCUUGGCACUGGAGGACAAGGAGCUGGGCAGGGUUGUCCUCCACCCCACCCCCAACAGCCCCAAGCAGGCUGAACUACAUAAAAUGGCUGUGUCAAAAGCAUGUCCUGACCAUGACCUGAAGAUCAAGCUGGCUAUCCGCAUGGAUAAACCACAAAACAUGAAGCAUUGUGGAUAUCUGUGGGCAAUUGGAAAGAAUGUAUGGAAAAGAUGGAAGAAAAGAUUCUUUGUUCUGGUGCAGGUCAGCCAGUACACUUUUGCCAUGUGCAGCUACCGGGAGAAGAAGUCAGAACCCCAGGAGCUGCUCCAGCUGGAUGGCUACACUGUGGAUUACACUGAUCCCCAGCCAGGCCUGGAUGGCGGCCGGGCAUUUUUCAAUGCCGUGAGGGAGGGCGACACAGUAAUCUUUGCCAGUGAUGAUGAACAGGACCGGAUCCUGUGGGUGCAGGCCAUGUACCGGGCCACAGGCCAGUCCCACAAACCUGUUCCACCCACCCAGGUCCAGAAACUGAAUGCCAAAGGGGGCACAGCACCCCAGCUGGAUGCACCCAUCUCUCAGUUCUAUGCAGACAGAGCUCAGAAACAUGGGAUGGAUGAAUUUAUAUCAGCCAACCCUUGCAGUUUUGACCACGCCUCACUGUUUGAGAUACUGCAGAGGCUCACGCUGGACCAUAGGCUCAACGACUCCUACUCGUGCCUGGGGUGGUUCAGUCCAGGCCAAGUGUUCGUCCUGGAUGAAUACUGCGCCCGCUACGGUGUGCGUGGCUGCCACAGACACCUGUGCUACCUCAGUGACCUCCUGGAGCGGGCAGAGAAUGGAGCCAUGAUUGACCCCACCCUGCUGCACUAUAGCUUUGCCUUCUGCGCCUCACAUGUUCAUGGAAACAGGCCUGACGGAAUAGGAACAGUUAUAGUUGAAGAGAAGCAGCGCUUUGAAGAGGUUAAGGAGCGAUUGCGAGUUCUUCUGGAGAACCAGAUCACACACUUCAGGUACUGCUUUCCAUUUGGCCGCCCUGAAGGAGCAUUAAAAGCCACUCUGUCUUUGCUAGAAAGGGUCCUGAUGAAGGACAUUGUAACGCCUGUCCCUCAGGAGGAGGUGAAAGCUGUGAUUCGCAAAUGUUUGGAACAGGCCGCGCUGGUCAACUACCAGCGCCUCUCAGAGUAUGCAAAAGUUGAAGGGAAAAAGAGAGAAAUGUUUGAAAAUCCUGUCAUCCGCUUGGCGUCUCAAGUGAUGGAUUUAACCAUUCAGAAUGUAGGCCUCUUAGUCACACCUGCCAAGAAGCUGGAAGACACGAUUCGCCUCGCUGAGCUGGUCAUCGAGGUUCUGCAGCAGAAUGAGGAGCACCAUGCAGAGACUGCUGUCACAAGUACGGGGGAUCAGUCGGCAUUUGCUUGGUGGUCAGACCUGAUGGUGGAACAUGCUGAGACCUUCCUGUCGCUGUAUGCUGUGGACAUGGAUUCUGCCCUGGAGGUGCAGCCACCCGACAGCUGGGAUAGCUUCCCACUCUUCCAGCUUCUAAAUGACUUCCUCCGCUUGGACUAUCACCUGUGCAAUGGGAAGUUCCACAAACACCUACAGGACCUCUUUGCCCCCCUUGUGGUUAGAUAUGUGGACCUGAUGGAGUCAUCCAUCGCCCAGUCAAUACACAGGGGCUUUGAGCGAGAGACCUGGGAGCCAGUGAAGAGUUUAACAAGUAAUCUUCCCAAUGUGAAUCUGCCAAAUGUGAAUCUUCAAAUUCCCAAAGUACCAAAUCUACCUGUACAAGUUAACCUCCCACAAAUGCCUAGCUUUUCCACCCCACCAUGGAUGGCUGCUAUAUAUGACUCUGACAACGGUUCUGGCACCUCAGAGGACCUCUUCUGGAAGUUAGACGCUCUUCAAACCUUCAUCAGGGAUCUGCACUGGCCAGAGGAGGAGUUUGCCAAGCACUUGGAGACCCGUCUGAAGCUAAUGUCUAGUGACAUGAUUGAGUCCUGUGUGAAACGAACAAGGGCAGCAUUUGAGUCUAAGCUUCAGAAAAGCAGUCGGACGACAGAUUUCCGUGUGCCACAGUCAAUAUGCACUAUGUUCAACGUGAUGGUGGACGCCAAGGCCCAGUCAGCCAAACUGUGUGCCAUGGAGCUGGGCCAGGAGAGACAAUACCACUCCCAAAUUGACAAUCUAAUUGAAGAAACUGUCAAGGAGAUGAUCACCCUUCUAGUGGCAAAGUUUGUAGUCAUUCUUGAGAGUGUCUUGGCAAAGCUGUCCAGAUAUGAUGAGGGCACCCUCUUCUCAUCCUUCCUUUCCUUCACAGUGAAAGCAGCCUCAAAGUAUGUGGAUGUCCCUAAGCCUGGGAUGGAUGUGGCAGACAGCUACGUGACAUUUGUGCGCCACUCUCAGGACAUUCUGCGAGAUAAGGUCAAUGAGGAGAUGUACAUAGAAAGGUUAUUUGAUCAAUGGUACACCAGCACCGUGAACCUCCUGGGCACCUGGCUGACUGACCGCAUGGACCUACAGCUUCAUGUCUACCAGCUGAAAAUCCUCAUUAGGAUUGUAAAGAAAACAUACCGCGACUUCCGGCUGCAGGGAGUGCUGGACUCCACCCUGAACAGUAAAAUGUAUGAAACCGUGCGGAACCGCCUCAUCCUUGAGGAGGCCGCAGCAUCCGUGAGGGAAGGUGGCAUGCAGGGAAUUUCCAUGAAGGACAGCGACGAGGAAGAUGAGGAUGACAAAUAAAGCACCGGGGCUGGUGCCCAAAUCAUUACCGUGGUAACCGAUGCAUGUACCAGCUCCGUAUACAGCUAACCACUGAGAUCAUUUUUCUGUCCAGUCAAAAUUCCCAUAAAGGAUGAACAACAAAAAAAAAGAUAUAAACAGUAAUAAUCAUAGGAAUUAUUAUUGUAAUUAUAAUAAUAGUCGAAAAUCAUAUUCAAGAUUGAUAUUUUCGGUGUGUUAUAAGUUAGUACCAAUUUUAUUCCUUGGUUUCUAAAUUGAUUUCUGGAUGUUCCUGAGCAAUAUGGAGUACCAAUUCGUUUGGCGUUAAGUAUGAUAAUUAGGAAUAACUUGCUAGAUGUGUCCCUGUUCACUGCAAACUUAUUUGGCGCUUCUUUGACGUACUGUACAUACUUCGAUGGCACAUUGUUGUGAAGAAAAGUGUAAAGAGAUAUUUCAUUUGUUUAAAAGUGGAUGCAAACGGCUUACAAUAAAACAAACCACUGCUUUUGAGUUACUUUAGAACCUACCGUGUUCUUCGUUUUCAUCCUCUGCGCGUUUUCAGCAGCAUUAAUUCUCAAUCAAACCUGCAUUUUCAUAAUAAUAUUCAUACACCAACUCAGUUUAUUAAUGAGUUUUUAUUUUAAAAAUGCAAUAUCCAUAUAAAACCAUUGUGAACCCUUGUUGGAUAUUAAUAAUUUUUUACACUAUAUAAGCAUAACCAGUAGUGUGAAAUGUCAGUCCCUUGUCCUCGUCCUACAGUUGUUUCGCAUAUAGAACAUCGUACAUUGCCCUCCGAGUAGCAGCUGCACGUCCCACGUGUCCCACUGUGUCCCAAAACCGUUGUAACUGUACAAACUUACUAGUGGAUCCAUCAUGCUUCUGCCUUACA